AUGAAGCCUUUGUCCGUCGACCAGGCGUUCCUGCUCUUGUGCACCCACGGUCCCGAGCAUGCGAAGCGCCGCAAGCUCGACCUCCCGCUCAAGAGCACCCACCCCGAAUUGCCCGCCGACGAAUCCAUCCCGGAUCUCCCUGGCACCCUGACCGUUCAGACGACGAGCAUCGACCCCCUCGAACAAGUCAUCACCAUAACCAUCGAGGACCUCAAUCUCCGCUUCACGCAUACGGGGAGCUUUGAUUUUGCCAACCCCAACCCUUUCCCCCUGCACGAGUGGACCAACAAGAAGGGCACGCUCUACGUCUGCGGCGUCUACCCGGCCGCAGGGCCCACCGACUUCACCGCCCAGCAGUUCCCCUCCUACGAGGCCGCGACCGGCGGAAAGGGAUACGUUCCUGGCCGCGUGGUGGUGUACACGGGCCCCCUCUCCCUCCGACAGUUUAUCACCGACGAUGAUAACUAUGUCUCCGGUGUCGUCCAGAGCGAGAGGACCGAGUGGAGGCCGAUCCACUGA